CUCUUAUGCAGCUGCAGGCCGUGACCUCUUCAGCCUAAUCGUUCUUCGAGGCAGCCUCCCUUCACCCCACAAGGUCUUUCUCACACACCACUAUGCCUCUUCUCACCUUGGCAGGUUGAUGGCCUGUUCAUCAUUGGCUGGAUGUACUUGACCCCCCAUGACCCUCACGUGGACGGCCCCAUGCGCUUCAAGCCCCUCUUCAGGGUCCACCUCAUGGAGAGGCGGAGCGCCACAGUCGAAUGCAUGUACGGGCACAAGGGACCCCACAGUGGGCAUAUCCAGAUUGUGAAGAAGGAUGAGUUUUCGACCAAGUGCAACCAGACGGAUCACCACCGAAUGUCAGGAGGGAGACAAGAGGAGUUCCGGACGUGGCUACGAGAAGAAUGGGGUCGGACACUGGAGGACAUUUUCCACGAACACAUGCAGGAGCUCAUCUUGAUGAAGUUCAUCUACACGAGCCAAUACGACAACUGCUUAACCUACCGCCGCAUUUACCUCCCUCCGCGCAGUCCGGAGUACCUGAUCCAGCCGGGCCUUUUCAAAGGGACCUACGGGAGCCACGGCCUCGAGAUCGUCAUGCUCAGCUUCCAUGGGAAAAAGGCCAAGGGAACCAAAAUCACAGUGAGCACGGAGGGUCUGGAAUCAUAGGUGGUUGCUGUGGUAACCCAAAGGGGCGUGGCACAAAGGCAACCCAAUCAGAUAAUCCAUAG